AUGGCCGCCGUCUACCUGCUUGGGCUCCUCUGUGUCUUGGGAUAUGUUCAGGGUGGACCCUUAGCGGCCGAACCAGCCUUCAUCGAGGAUAUACGCAGUGCGGAUCCCUCAUGGCAGUCGUCGAGGAUAGUGAGCGGCUGGCCCGCAGUGCCUGGACAGAUUCCCUACCAGAUUAGUCUUCGUAUGAUUAACCCUGCCGGAGGCGUAUCCUCGUGCGGGGGCUCCAUCAUUCAUCAUCAAUGGGUGAUCACUGCCGCCCACUGCCUUGCCAACCGUAUAAAUUUCAUAGUCCGCUUCGGUUUGAUAAACAUAAAUGAGCCUGAGCUCAUAGCAGAGACGACGCGAAAAUACAUUUAUCCCACCUACAACGAGUCUAGGGCUGGUGUUCAGACCGACGACUUGGCCCUGCUCGGACUUAACGAGCCCAUUCCAUAUAGCAAUUUAAUUCAGCCAGCCCGUUUGCAAAGCAGAACUCAGAAGAACGUGGAAUAUGAUGGCGUCACCCUGGUUGUGAGCGGUUUCGGACGUACCAGUGACUUCGGUUCGGGUUCUCCAACUCUUAAUUGGGUACUGCAGCGUGGGGUGAAUCUCGACGAGUGCAAGACCUACUUCCCCCGUAGCACUGUCAUCCGGGACUCACAUAUUUGUGGCAGAUACUACAAUGUUACCACACAGACUGCUUGUCAGGGUGACAGUGGUGGUCCUCUGACUGUGGUAGACAAAGACGGAAUAACAACAAUGGUCGGUGUUGUCAGUUUUGGACCUGGCGGCGGAUGCAGUCAAAUACACCCCACAGUUUACGUUCGCCCUGGACACUACCAUGACUGGUACGUUGAGGUGACCGGCAUCAACUUUGAUUGGGACAGCGGUGUUGACAGCGAAAAUGACGAAGAUGCCAAUGGUGGAUUAGAUCAAGUUCUUAUUUCAGGCUUUUAA